AUGAAUGAUCCCAGAGAUGAAACAAUAGAUUCAGAUACCGUAUUAACAGAAGAUUCAUCAGAUGAAUUGAAGGAUUUGGUUAAAGAGUUUGAAUUGAAGUAUGAGCAAUUGAAGAAACAAAAGAAGCUUAAGAAAUUAGCCCAAAAGCAACAAACAAAGCAAAAGGAACAUAGAGAUAAUCAGACUGAAGUUCCCCAGACACCAGAAAAACAAAAGAAUAAAGAUGUCAUAGAAGAGGUAGUUACUAGACGGCCAGAGCAAGAUCACAAAGCUCCAGUGAUGAAAGAACCUUCGAACUUUGUUAGAAAGCUAUACGAAGCAAAUUAUAGUCAUAGUAGUGAUUCUAAAAUUGAUUAUUCGAAAAGAAUGCAAGAGUUUCGUCUACAUAAGUACAAAUCUAAUCCUGUGACGGUAAAUGAUGAGCUAGAACCUAUAUCUAAGAUGUAUUUGCGGAAAAGGUAUCUCACUUCAGCUCAAGUUGAAGCAGCUGUUGAAGAAAUCGACAGUGAGAUGAAGUUUUUAAAGAUUGAAAAGUUUUUAGCAAAAACAAACAAAUCAAACAACUAUGCUGAUCCACCUUAUUCUAACUGGUGUCUUGUGGGCUUUGUUUUGUUCAAAUCACCCAUUCAGGUCACAUCUAAUAACAAGAAAUAUAUGAAGUUGAGAAUAGGAAGUUUUGUCAACUCAAUAGAAAUAAUGUUAUUUGAUAAGGCGUUUGAGAAAUAUUUCAAAGUCCAACAGGGAGAUUUGCUCUUUAUUUUAAACCCAUUGAUCAAUAGAUAUGAAAUACAGGUAAGCAAAGGUCAGUAUAGAUCUGGGUUCAAUUUGAAAAUAGAUAACAUGAACUUGUCGAGUAUUUUAGAAGUAGGGUCCAUUAGAGACUUUGGAAUUUGCAGAUACAUUAGGAAACUGGAUAAUUCACGCUGUAAUAAUGCGAUCAAUAUCAAGAAUCAAGAAUUAUGUGACAUUCACAUGGAUAUGAAAUUUAAAUCUAGCACAAGGAUGGAGCUUAAUGGGAGCGUAUCUAUCAGGUCUCCAAAGAAAGGAAACAGCAAAAUGUACAUGGACAAUAGGGGAUCUGGUUAUAUUAAGCAAUUUAAUGAAGAUACUACGGUGGUUGGUUUGAGCAAUAGUUCGCCUUUUGACAACAAGCGCUACCAAGACCCCAAGAUAUUGCAAACACAGAUUAAACGAAGAAAAUUAGUUGACGAGAAAGCAAAUGAAAGAUUGGAAAAGAAGUUAAAUAAUUUAGGUUCGAGAUCGUUACUUUCAAAUCUUCAAUUAUCACAAUCGCAUUCAACUUCGAAAGAAGGAGCAAAAAAGGUGUUUACCAAUUCAAUGUUAUCGCAAAUAGGGUAUGAUCCAACUGGAGCUUUGUCGAAUACCAAGGCAGAUAAGAAUAAAGAUAAAACAAUACUCCAGGAGUUGCGUGAGUUGAGCACUUCAUCCAGCAAAUCUUUAACUCGAUCCAAAGAAGAUAGACAACAAAGAAUUUCGAAAUGGAAGUCAAAUGAGUUGGAACAGAAAGAACAGCCUACAACAGUGUUUGUUGACAAGCGGAGACGUGUUAUUCACACGAAUGAAGAUUCUGACGAAAGUGACGAUGACGAUAUUGAUAUAAAGUUUGAUAGUGCUGAAGAUCGACAACGGUAUUCAAAAAUGGUUGCAAAGCAAUAA